UCUCUCCUCCUCAGUGCCCCCCCUUCUGCUCUAGCCUUCACGACUAAAUCCACCACCACUCCCGCACACCUCACCUGCCCGCGUCGCCUCCUCCCCUGUCCUCCGCGCGCGUUGGGCGGGCAGCCAGCUCCCCCACCAAACCCUAAUCACUCCGGCGCCGCGCCGCGCCGCGCGGCCCUGCCUCGAUCCGCUCCAGCGGCCGCCCGCCGAGGCGGCUGUGCGGUGGUUGCGCUUGCGCUUACGCGCGCAGGUCCCCGUGGGUCUCUGCGCGCAGCGGGACCCGUCCACGGCGGCGAGGCGCGGGCUUCAAGGCGGGCGCAGGCGGAGGGGCGGAAUUGCUCGGGCGAUGACACGGAGGCUCGCGGCCGCGGCGUCGCGUCCGAGGCCGUGAAUGGGAGUGGCGGGGCGCUGCGGGCGGCGGCUGCGUACAUGGAGGCCGGGGCACCGCCCCGCGGCUGGCGCUGUGGGGUGCUCUGGCUCGUCAGCGUCGAGAUUGUGUUGGUUCUAGUCUGCACUCGCGGAGCUGGUGCGGAUUCUGGUGAAAGCAAAGGAUCGUUUCUGCAAGACUCUGAAGCUGGAGAAAAGGAUGUCUACCUUAGCCACUCCUGCAUCCACGACGAGAUACUACAUCAACGGCGACGAGCUGGGAGGAAGGAGUACUCUGUCAUGCCACAAGUGUACCAUGAGUCUCGGGAGGAUGCGGAGCGUGUAAGAGGACGACACUUGUUGGGCAUGUCAUCUUGGCGUGCUCCGCACGAGAAUGCCAGGAAGCCAAUACGAAUAUACCUCAAUUAUGAUGCCGUCGGGCAUUCGCCCGACCGUGAUUGUAAAAAUGUUGGCGACAUCGUGAAGCUUGGCGAACCUCCUGUAUCAUCAGCACCAGGAACACCUAUAUGCGAUCCUCAUGGUGAUCCACCACUGGUGGGAGACUGCUGGUACAAUUGCACCCUUGAGGACAUAGCUGGGAAAGACAAGAGGCAACGUCUCCGUAAGGCACUGGGGCAAACAGUAGAGUGGUUUAGAAAAGCUCUAGCUGUUGAACCUGUCAAGGGGAACCUACGGCUCAGUGGGUACUCAGCUUGUGGUCAGGAUGGAGGUGUACAACUACCUCAUGCGUAUGUUGAAGAUGGUGUUGCUAAUGCUGAUUUAGUCCUCUUAGUAACAACUAGACCAACAACAGGUAACACCCUUGCAUGGGCUGUGGCCUGUGAACGUGACCAGUGGGGUCGGGCCAUUGCAGGACAUGUUAAUGUGGCCCCUCGUCAUUUGACAGCUGAAGCUGAAACAUUACUUUCAGCUACUCUAAUACACGAGGUUAUGCAUGUUCUAGGGUUUGAUCCUCAUGCCUUCACACAUUUUCGUGAUGAAAGGAAAAGGAGACGUGGUCAGGUUACUGCUCAAAGUUUGGAUAAAAAGCUUGGAAGAAUGGUUACUCGUGUUGUCCUACCACGAGUUGUCAUGCACGCGAGACAUCAUUAUGGAGCAUUUUCCCAAAACUUCACUGGGUUAGAAUUGGAAGACGGGGGAGGCCGGGGCACCUCAGGUUCACAUUGGGAGAAGAGGCUCUUAAUGAAUGAGAUCAUGACUGGGUCAGUGGAUACGAGAUCUGUGGUUUCAAGAAUGACUUUAGCAUUACUGGAGGACAGUGGAUGGUAUCAAGCUAAUUACAGCAUGGCUGAACAUUUAGAUUGGGGUCAGAAUCAGGGAACAGAGUUUGUUAUAUCUCCUUGCAACUCAUGGAAAGGGGCAUACCAUUGCAAUACAACUCAAUUAUCAGGAUGCACAUAUAAUAGGGAGGCAGAAGGUUACUGCCCUAUAGUAAACUAUAGUGGGGACUUGCCCAAGUGGGCUCAAUAUUUUCCCCAAGCCAAUAAAGGUGGUCAAUCUUCAUUAGCAGACUACUGCACAUACUACGUUGCUUAUUCUGAUGGUUCAUGCACUGAUGUAAAUAGUGCACGGGCGCCUGACAGAAUGUUAGGUGAAGUGCGAGGAAGUAAUUCGAGGUGCAUGGCCUCAACACUAGUGCGAACUGGGUUUGUACGGGGAUCUAUGACCCAAGGAAAUGGCUGUUAUCAGCACCGCUGCACGAACAACUCACUAGAGGUUGCUGUUGAUGGGAUCUGGAAGUCAUGUCCACAAUCUGGUGGGCCUGUUCAGUUUCCAGGAUUCAACGGGGAAUUAAUUUGCCCGAUGUAUCAUGAGUUGUGUACUACUGUACCAGUUCCAAUGAUUGGCCAAUGUCCAAAGUCAUGCAGUUUUAACGGUGACUGCAUUGAUGGAACCUGUCACUGCUUUCCUGGUUUUCAUGGCCAUGACUGCAGCAGAAGAUCUUGCCCAGACAAGUGCAGUAACCAUGGUACAUGCAAAGCUAAUGGGAUCUGUGAAUGUCAAAGUGGAUGGACAGGGAUUGACUGCUCUACAGCGGUUUGCGAUGAACAAUGUAGUUUACAUGGAGGGGUUUGUGAUAAUGGUAAAUGUGAAUUCCGUUGUUCAGAUUAUGCAGGCUACACAUGUCAGAAGGGUUCUGCAAUACUGCCAAGUCUGUCAAUGUGUCAUGAUGUACUUGUUAGAGAUUCAGAUGGGCAGCAUUGUGCGCCAAGUGAACUCAGUAUACUACAGCAGCUUGAAACUGUAGUUCUCGUGCCAAAUUACAAUAGAUUGAUGCCAAGUGGGCGGACCUUCCUUAACUUCUUCAACAAUGCCAACUGUGCAGCAGCUGCAAAGCGGCUAGCCUGCUGGAUCUCAAUUCAACGGUGUGACGAGGAUGGGGACAACAGGCUCAGGGUAUGCUACUCUGCAUGCGAAUUGUACAAUACAGCUUGUGGAGCGGGUCUGGAUUGUUCAGACCAGACCCUUUUUAGCAAAAGGGAAGAAGAAGAGAAGGGUGUUCCGUGCACAGGAUAUGGCGAGAAGAAGUCUUUCUGGCUAUAACAUCUCUGAAGCUUCUUCCGUUAUGGCUCUGGUAGAAGCUCAGCGUUUGUGUAAAGUAUUUUCCACCCCAAAUUAUUUUCUCUUUUUUCCCCAUUUCAUCCACUACUUCCCAAUUGUAGGAUACGGGAAGUAAGCGUCCGUUUCACCUAGGCACCCGAAGAUGGGCUGCCCUGGUGUACAAGCUAUGUUGGAGUGGGCUCUUUGUUAGAAGGUUAGUCUGACAUGAAAAGGGGAGUGGACCGGUGAGAGUUGGAUGGUAGAUUUUUCGUUUUCACCGCUUCAGAAUUAGUGAUUGGAAUGAAUGUAAAGAUUGAUGUGUCUUGUACACACUCUUUACAGAAUCAUUUCAAUGGGAGCCCGUGUUGUGUUCUUUGCUCCACGCGGCCAUGCCCCUUGCCCCAUUUCUUAAGCUGUCGUUGGCUUUUAUGAUAUUUGAUUGACGCAUCCUUGGCCAACACAGUGGCAGUGGCUUCGCUUA